AUGGUGGUAAUAGAUGAAUCGACAAGAUUACUACCUGAUGAACAACAUUGUGAUGCAUUGGAUGAGGAAUAUACAAAAUACAAUUUAAGUCUGCCGAAAUUUCCUAUAUUGGUAUCAUUAUGGUUAGGUUCUUUUCUAUCAUCUAUAGAUUCUACUAUUGUUGCGAACAUUAUGAACAAAGUAGCAGAAGAAUUUCAAGAGUCUCAGGAAAAACAAUGGAUCGCCACAAGUUUUCUUUUAACCAAUACUGCAUUUCAACCAUUAUAUGGUAAGCUUUCUGAUAUAACAGGAAGAAAGUUUGCCUUAUUGACUGCAUUGUCAUUUUUUGGUCUAGGAUGUUUCCUAACUUCACUCUCUACUAAUAUUAAGCAAUUUGCCAUUGCUAGAGCCAUAUGUGGGAUUGGUGGUGGUGGUAUUAAUGCGAUCAGUAGUAUUACUGUUGGUGAUAUUUGUACCGCCAAGGAUAGAGGUAUCUAUCAAGGUUAUGCUAAUAUCGUAUUUGGGAUGGGUCAAUUGCUUGGUGCACCAGUUGGUGGUUUAUUUAUUGCCACCAUAGGAUGGAGAGCCCUAUUUUGGAUCCAGGUCCCUCUGGUGAUCAUUGCAAUUAUAUUAGGUGAAAUGUAUGUGAAUAUUAAAUUAGUUCAUGUCCCGCCACCUUCUGAAAGAUUUAAGUGGAAAAAUAUAUCAAGAAUCGACUUUUUGGGAUCGUUUACCCUUGUCUCAUCAAUAACAUGUUUUAUUAUAUUAAUAUCAACUAAGAGCAAUGUAAUUUUACUGUCAUUAUUAUCAGUAUUAUCCUUUAUUGCAUUUAUCUACGUCGAAUUAUACGUUUCAAAAGAUAGAAUAUUGCCAUUUGAAUUGUUGAAGGGUUCAUUUGGAUGCAAUUCAAUUGCAACAGUUAUUUCUUCUUACGUCAUAUUUGGUGAAAUCUUCAGAUCACCAAUAUAUUUACAAUUGGUACAAGAUUUCAGCGUUAUCAAAACAGGUAUUUUCUUGAUUUUCCCAGCAAUCACAACAGCUAUAGGUUCGUUAGUUACAGGUGCUAUUUUGAAACGUACAAAAUUGGACUUAGCAUAUUGUUCUUACAAAUUGGUGUUAUUGGGAUUAUGU